AUGGCCCCUGUCGCCCUAGAAGUGCCAGAUAUUGUGUAUCCCUCCAUAACGGUCUUCAAGGACAAGAGAAGAUCCGAGCAGUAUCAUGACUUUCGGGACGAACUCCAACAGAAAGGAUAUGCCAUUAUCAAAAACGCGAUUCCAAGAGACCGUGCACUCCAAUACAAACAAAAGGCGUUCGACUGGCUGAAUUCUUUCGCCACGGCGCUCGAUCUCAACAAGCCAGAGACAUGGGUUGCUGAAAACCUGCCCGUGAUGAACAGGGUCCGCAUGUUCCAUGCUUAUGGAGUUGUACAUGAGAAAUUCAUGUGGGAGGCGCGCAUGGAACCAGGAGUGUUGGACGCAUUCAGCAAGCUCUGGGGCACAGACGAGCUGCUAGUCAGCUUCGAUUGCCUCAACAUCAAUUUACCCAAUCGACCCGACUUGUCUGCACGCACCCCAUGGCAGCACAUCGACCAAAGCCCCAACAAGCGAGGUCUACAUUGUGUGCAAGGUAUCAUCAAUCUGUGUGCCUCGGGUCCUGACGACGGUGGCCUUGUUGUCUAUCCCGGAUCGCACCUGUUGAACGACGAAUUCUUCGACGCGCACCCAAACAGUGCCCAACAACAGUACGCAAAUGACAUCUACAUAUUCCCCAUAUCUGAGCUGGACUGGUUUGAGCGACGUGGUAUCCGGCCUCACAAAGUCUGUGCAGAACCUGGAGAUCUCCUUCUAUGGGAUUCUCGCACUGUCCAUUACGGUUCCGACUCGACCGAGGCGGGUACGCGCAUUCGUACUGCUAUAUACGCUACAUAUAUGCCGGCUUCUUUGGCAAAUGCGGACCAGCUUACAAAGAAGAAAAUGGUGUUCGAGGAAUUUGGCAGUACCAGUCACUGGCCUUAUGAACACAUCGAGCCUGGUGCGAAGAAGGCAAAGGCCUUACUUCCAGAUGGCUCGAUUGACCCACGGGCUGAGCAUCGUAAGGUGCCCCUUGAGAAGCCAGAAUAUUGUGACAAACUAUUGAAGUUGGCAGGUGUAUUGCCUUAUUAA